AUGCGGUACCUCCGUUUGUGAGUAUAUAUAGCCGGAAAGCGAUGACUUGAGUCGUUAUUGAAGUUAAACUGUCCUGACGUUAAAUGUUAGCCUCGACGUUUGAGCCCCGACAUUUAAAUAUAACCCUUCAGCGAUAUUGUAAACGGUUGCCGUAGUCGUCGCAACAAAAUCACCAUAUCAAUUCGUACGUCGCUAUUAACUCACCCUCAUCUAUUCCACCGUUCGCUACUUGCCUGUGCAACCUUAUAGUAUCUUGCACCUCAUUAGGAAAAGGCACCUAAUCCUUAUGCUUACUCCGGUUUUUAUAUACUUAUGUAGCCUGACACUCUUCCCCUUCGGCACAUCGAACGAAGACGCAGCAGUAUUUUUUGGAGUUUAUGCCUGUUCAGGCGCCUGAAGUAUGUCUUGCUCAUAAAUCACUAUCCACAUAUAUGCUCAGAUAGGUAGUUCUGUACCUGUAAUGCCUUCUAAAUUCCCUUAAAAUCAGUAUAUGUUCCACAAGAUGCCGGGUGGCGAUGUACAUAGUGCCGAGUUGCAGUCUGCCAGUGCCUCUGUGUAAACUUGCCAUUACUCGGCGGUUAUAUCCGUACACAGAACAUGAGGGUAAAUGAAAUAGGCCCAACUUUUGUAGUCGUAUUUUUUCAACGUUGUUUUAUCCUAUAACAAAAUUCCAUAGUUUUUCAGUCUAUGUUUCAAGCCAGCCUCCUUCUUAACAGCGGAGUCACACAGAACCACGUUUUACUUCAAAUGGUAUCAUCCCACAGGAUAGCACCAAGUGAAACAUUAAUACAUCGUUUUCCCUAACAUAGACAUCAUCAGGAAAUAAGUUAUGAGUCGCGAAUUUGAUAACGCUUCUGAUUGCCACUAUCUGUACUGGUCAGCAGACUCCGUUGAUGUCUCUCCGGGACCUUCAGUGCUCUGAAGGCUGUAGGAAGUUUUCGCGCGCCUUUCGACCGGCUUUGUCUCCAGCGUGGAGCACAAUGCGGUGUAGAAUCAAAAAUGUUAUGAAGGCAACUUUGACUUCACCUCCGCUGUCAGCAUGGUUUAAUGUCCCGAGUUGUUGUCACGAGGCUUUAAUUGCCGUUAAAAGGUGGGUUAAAAACCACUCGACUGUCCGUCCCGAUAUAGUCAGGAAGAUUACCUCUAGAUCGUCGUAGUAAGACCAAAUUAUCUCUUUUGAAACUGAGAUCGUCCUACCGCCCGCGAAGAUUCUUUUGCGGCAGCGAUGGUCGAGAAUAUGCAGACUUUGCUCGCCCUCAGCCCCCAUGACCUGCAGGUCAGGAGCUGUAGAUCAGUUCUUUAGAUUCGUUUACCACUGUGGAACCCUGCUUCUUAUUUUAUCUCCAUUUUAUGCAUCCAUCAUUUCUCGAAACAUGCGCAUUAUUAAUAUCUGCAGUCUAAGUUUGUCCUUCUCACCUAAGUAUACUAACCGUACUUUCGUUUGUGUCACUGCCAAUAAACCUCCAAAGUCCUAAGUGGCAGUGAAGUUACUGCUUGUUUCCUCCCGCCUUUAGGAAUCCCUGCGUUGCGAAAGAAGAGAUAAAACCAACAAGGUAUGGAAGACGAUGCAGAAGCCGAUGGUCCGCGUUACAAACUUUGUACCUUUCUUUUUGGAAAUGUUGAUCGACAAGGCAGGCUGGAGGAGGAUUACGCACGUGAAGGAGAGUUAACUGCCAUCAAUAAUUUGGACCACUGUCAUGUGGCUGAGGUUGAAACCACCAUGCGCUCAAUCGUUGCUGAGGAAGGCCGGUCUCCCACCAAUUUCAGCCAUAACGUGAGCCCUGUCCCUCCUGAUGAAGUGAAGGACUAUUACGAUGAGACGGAAGUCAUUAAUGAGGGCCAGCUGGACCUUUCUGCGGUCGAAAAUUCCCUUCCAACCACAACAAAUGACGAGGUUUGUAUAUCACUUUUUGCUUUGGCCUGUUGGAUGCUUACAGCUUCCAAAACUCAGUAUUUCCUUUAAGACCAAUUUUGCAUACGCAGAAAAGUCGCGGCAAUAAAGUCAAGGACCGGGUAACUGUUCCAUUGAAAUGAAAGCCUAGGCCUUUAGCCCAUCAGUGUCUUUAAUUGCGUGCCUUUUGCUCUUCCGAAGGUUUUUUUCUGGCUGAGAAUAAGCUGUGAUUAUGCAGGCGAUUUUUCGGUUUCGUGCAUUUGUUUACGGCCUGCGUAAUGCCUAUAAGACAAUGAACACUGCUGCGUUUGCCUUCUGUGAAGUCAGAGAGUGGUUCUUUGGGUUUUCGCGUCCGUCACUAAGCUUAGAAAUGUUGUGGGGCACCUUUUGCCUCUCAAGGAAGUGAAUCUUAACGGACACUGGUGUAGAAACAUUUCAUAUUCUUUAGUAGCUUUGACUUCCAAACAGCUUUCGGCGAGCCCGAUAACACAUUUCUCUGCAUGGAUUUAUCUUAACUUAUGAUACUAACGAUAGCUCAUUUCUAGCUAUUUAUCCACAUUUUUGCCACAGGAUGACUAUGACGAACAGCCCAAACAAGUGGACUUAGGUUCUGCAGAGUCGCUGGAAGCCAGUAUCAAGCCCCAGGUGCCGCAGAAGUCUAUUCAGAAGGCGGACGUUGUCGAAUCUCCCCUACUCAUAUCCUCACAGCAGUCCUUAGUUAACCCGUCUGCUGAAUCACCGUCCACGGAUCCUACACUCAGAGCCACUUCGACCUCGGCCCUUGCCUCUGCUGAAUUUGAUGCUGCUCCGAUAACUGUUUUGCCGGAGCCUGGACUAUUUGGUUUCUCGCCUGCUCCGUCGCAUGAGGAUCACUCAUCAAGUCCAUUGCCUUCUAGCUCGCCUCAUUCCGACACACAGCUACCCAUAGCUGUCACUACUGCUGAGACCAGUACCGCCAGCGCUUCCGAGCUCCCUGUUGUGUUUACGUCUUCCAUCGUUGACGACAUUAAAACAUCUCCCGUUAACGAUGCGCCAGUUGGUCCAAGAGUUUCCCCAAUUAUCUUUCAAACGUCAGUAAAGAUUGAAGACGAGACUGCUGACUUGGCCUCCGCCAUGAUGCCUCCACCUCUACAUCCGGCUCCACUUGCGGCCUCAAAAGUAAUGCAGGUUAGGGUAAGAUAGCCAACUUCUCCUGGUUUUAUGUCCCCCGUUUCCCUAUUUCAAAGAUUUGCCAUUUACAUCUUUUUGUUCAUACACUUGCUGCUAGCAAAUCGUAAGUCUGGGUAGAUUCUGCAGGAGUUGCACCUCGCUUGCUCUCCUCAACUAAAAGCUACCAUCAAGCUUGCCUCUGACUCCCCUUAAUUUAGGCCAAGCUUCAUUGACUACUUUUGGUUUCGGCUUUUCCAUAAAACUUUUAAGAAAUCGAAAUGUAUAAAGAAAAUGCUUUUUUCGGUAACACUUCCUUGGAACUCCAUAUGAUCCAAUACAUUUUAGUUUAAAACUCUGGCUUUUGUUUGAUGUCAGUCUUCUAACCUAACAUCAGUACUCAUAAUUCAUUUGUCCUUUAGACAGCAGAUGUUUGAUUUAUGUAGUAAAGAUCGGCAUAGCCUAUUUGUCUCCCAUUAAUUGAUCAGCCGGUGACCACUUCCCGUGUAUGUGUGCGCGAAGUCAAAUACUUUUGACCGAAUCUUAUUAAAGCAAUGCCCGAGGAAAUGCGACUCAUUGGUGUACAUGAGACAAGUUACAUGAUCAAACAAGCCGCCCGAAGACAGGCUAGAAGACAAAUACAGUAUGGGGGUGACUUUUCAUGGAGAGUCCGUAUUUUAAACUCGUUUUGACCCAUUGUCAGCGAAAUCGUAGUCACGCCCUGAUAUAUCUGUUCUCGCAGCAAAACGUCACAGCUGUCGCGUUGCAGAUAGUUGGCUAUUCAAUGCCGUACUCAGUACGGGAACACCGGUCGUAUUUUAUUGAUGCGAUCUCAAUCCCGAAAAGGACUCACCCAAUUGAGUGCAUGAUGGCUUUUUGAGCAGUUUGCCCUCUUAUUUAGUUGUAAAGAGAGCUAAGGCCUCUGACCUCCACCUCUCGAUAGCUAAAUGUUUUGCUGCAACCUAUACUCACCGCUCAUAGUCUUGUAUGUGGUCAGCCUCUUCCUGUGCCCAUAGCGUCAACCGUUUCGAUUGUCCUUUUGGUUUGAUUUUAGGGCCCAUCCCCCUCUGUUACGAGCUCGCCCAGUGCUCGGCAUGGUUGGCUGUCGCCACAGCCACGAAUAGACUAUUCUACCUCCAGUUCUGACGGAUCCCCACAUUUACCACGUACCUGUUCCCCUGUUGAUACCUGUCUUACUGCGACACUCAACACGCCUUUGGGUAAUCUGUUGCCUCCGGAGUACGCCAACGUCGAUAUCACCACCAUCUUUCCUCACUAUUCUGCCACUGGUACCCCGCGUUGGAGUCGGCUCUUUAGGCUUGCUCACCCACUGCGCACCUACAGCCCUCUAAAGCGCCCUGAAAAGAGUCUCAGCUCGUCACCUCCAAACGUCUCUUUGAAUGACCGGUAAGCUGGUAUACAUGACGAUCGAUUCCUAAAAGCCAUCUAAAGCUUCAUAAAUGUGCAACCGUCUCAAAGCCUUUUCUUCGGCUGCUGUUCUGAAGUUCCGUUAAAGUGGUUUGUCUCCGGAAUAUUAAUAUUACUAGAAUUCGGUCCGUUUCCGGUUUAUCGACCAGUCAAGCGCCUUCUAAUCCACUCGAUAUUAUGCGAUUCCGAUCGACACCGGAAUUUAUUUCACACUCGACUGUCUCACUGCCACAAGCGCCGACUCGCACUACGCGGCUCAAGCAGUGGUCGCCGCGGUAACAUCCGCGUGAGUUAGUUUAUAUUGCGAGAGACUUAUGCAGUAUCUACCACACUUUCUCCUCUAUCAUUCACUCUGUUCUGAUGGCGAGACGAAGUCACGACAACCGAAGGUGGGCGCGGGCGUAGUGACUGGCAAACCUAAGUUGCCUUUUUACGGGUGACAAAUGAUCUGUUUCCCACUUCAUAUACCAGGCUACGGCAAGGACGUUUCGAAUUUCAAAGACGAGAAUGCCAAAAAGGCCAUGUUAAAAAGGAACCAUUGCAGCCUGACCAUCAGUCCUGAGGAGGACCGAGUUAUCAAUUUCAAACGCGUCCGGUUUAUUCUAGGGAGGAAUGCGCUGAUUCACCGAGAGAAUGAAUUUUCAGUUGCAUAGGCCAAAACGUUAUUAACAUGUACGGCACCAGUAGGAGCAAGGGGAGCUGUGUCUACGGAGCCGGUGGUGGCAGUGUUUUCUGUUGUGGUAUAUGGGUUGGCGAAUUCCGCUGUUGUAUUUGCACAUAGCCGAAUUCUCUGGAGUAUCGUGAGUGUGUGUCGGGGCUCUAGGCACCGGUUCGUUGUUUGCAGUGCAGUGGACUUGAAAGUAACCGACCAGGCCGAUGUGGGAUUCGAGGGUGUGGUCGCAAUGGGGAUAGGUUCUAACUGAGUCCACAUCGCUGGUGGUGCAAAUGAUGGGGGUGGGGAGUGUUAAUAGAAGCCGUCCUCACCGACUCGUUCGCACGCCCCACCACAUCCACCCGCCCACGCGGCGUGCGUGUGUUGAUAUUGUGCCGGCUACCGGCAGGAUUGGAGGUGUCCCCAGCCACCUAAAUGAGUCAGAAGUCCAGUCAACAUGCUUGCAACUUAAGGGCAUGAUCUGAUUGACUCAAUUUCAGGCCAGCCCUGGACAUUUCUGUAUGUGUCUUUUAUCGCCAGAUUUUCAUUGUUAGGGCUCGGCAAUAGACUCCUUGUCCUUCCACCCCCCAACGAGUUCAAUGCGUGCUCUGAAUAUCGGUAAACAGUGUGAACUUGUUGGUAAGUGUUGAUUGUCUGCAGUAUUGAUCCGUGGUGUCCGAAAGUUGCGCCUUUUCCUGCGCUUUGGUCACUUCUUUACGAUGGACCUCGUUAACUUCGGCUCCAGUUCCUGCAACAUCUCACUGCAUCUGCCGACUCCGAGAUCCUCCGGGGUUAAUGUGUACAAGCCUGGGCGAGGUAUCCAGGGUACUAUUGUAACAACGCUUUCGUCCACCCAACCUGUGAGCACUCUUAGCGACGUCGACCUAAAAUAGUCACUUCGGUAGACUCAAGGCGGAAAUCAUCUAGUUUUCUGUCCUGGCUUUCAUAGACUGCACAUGUUUCUGUCCUGUACUGGAACUUUACUUUUCGAUACAUCUUCCGUUUCAUGUUCAGGUGUACUUCGUUGCGAUUCGAAAUCGAGUUUUGUGCCAUUCUGUUUUGGAUUUUUCGUUGCCAAAGACUUGUACUUUCGAUUUUAACCUAGGAUGUCGACGCAGCCUUAUUACAAGGUACUUGAGGUAUUCACAUCCAAGCUUACUGGAUCCACCUAAGUCCUGGUCUGCGAGCGUGGUCGCAGCAACAGAUGAGUUGUACGAACUGCAUACGUGUCGCGCACCAAUCUGUUCUGAUUGCAGGACGAUUACGAAUUCCGAGCGUGCUCCCAGAGGUCAGGGUAUCAUUGGCUGAUUACAGCAACUAGACCAUAAAUGACCAUUCACUUGUCCCUAUGUCGAUUGAACUUUCCCCAUGAACUGCGAUGCGCCUCCACCUCAGUUCAUGCCGCGGCAUCGUUUGGUAUGAAGACCCUUGCUGGCGGCAGCUAUACAGUAUACUUCGAUCAUAAAACAAAUAGGUAGCAGUUCGAACUUAACUCGGAUCUUUUUAACUAUUAAGACAGUGCAUAAAUUGUGUGCUAUUGCUACAUUAUUUACUUUCUAUCAAAUGCACAAGAUAAAACGUAUUCUUUCUAUUGCUGGAAGAAUUCACCUCAUCUUCCGAGAUCUGCUUGACUUGGGCGAGUUGCCUAGUUUGGAGUCCGAAUUCGAUGAGGCCAAGUACCUAGACGAGAUGAGGGAGCUAGAAAGGCCCCCGGCCGCUGGCGCUGACUAUUUGGCUGGAGCCGACAACUCCUGGUGGCGUCGCGCCUUCGCCGAAAGACUGAGCGAAAUUGAGAGUGGCCGCCAAUCGUCAGCUGGCAACAGUCAGGUUGAAAAGGGCAAACUGACCUCCUCCGCAAAGGUCUCCCAUGAAGGCACCUCGGGAGCAGCCGGUGGAGGCGCUGGCUCUGCAGCUGGGCAUCAAUCGGAAGCUGAAGAUCAUUUGUCACAGUCGAUGUAAGUUCAACCUUGUCGGACUUCGUCUCUGUUAGCUCACUUAAAGUCUGCCUUGUUUCAUGCCAAAUUACGCAAUGUCGUUGGGCGAGCUUUUUAUGCCCUGUUUGGGGUGGGAGACAAGGAAUUUAUUUACGACUACGAUUUUGAGUAAUGCAUCCAAUUUGCAAUUACACUUACUGCUUCAUUAAAUGCUGUUUAUUAUUUGCAACUGGUCUACAUCAGCAGAUAUUACUACUACGUAGUACAAUGUUCAUCCGUCGAAAGGAACGAGUGCCACCACUGUCCUUGGGAUGGCAUAGUGGCAACUUGUGACUGAGUUUGUCUAGCGCGAAGUUUACCUUCUCAGCAUGUAAUUAAUUCCCUAGAUGUGGCCAUGGGUCCGUUAGCUGAAAAGCUAAGCGACUCGUCUGAGUUCUACACAUGGCCUGGCCCCUAAUUCCCAACGUGCCAGUCCUCCGAGAUAGACCUGUUCUGACUUCACUCCCUUUCCUCACCACACCAGCGGUAAGUAGAAGUCAAACUGACAGGGGGUGCAGUUUUACACAAUCGUUGAUGUGGCGUCAAGCUUUCCUCUAGUCCCUAUCGUACAUAAGUUUUCACAGGCAUUGCUUAUUUCCCUCAAUUGUGCUCAAUUAUGUCACUGUCUGCCCUUAUUAAGUCUCAGUUUGAUCGGCUUUGCCGUUGGGAUGGACGGAUAUGGUGAGGUAUCCAGAUUACGAGAAAACUUUAUUCCUGGUCUAUGUAAGCAAGUUUCUGAGCAUUCCCACCUACCCUGGUGGUUUUUGACACAGUGGUUAGUCAGACAAACUGUAACUUGUUUCGUUUAAGCCAUCCUCACCCUUUCCCGGGCCAAUAAUAGUGGUUAUUACUUUUUGCCCUUGCAUUCCACUUCUUGGCUCUGAGUUUUGGCAACAGAUUACUCGUUGCUCCCGCCCCCUUAAUUUACAGGAAUACUAGAUACUUCGUACAAUUGCCUAUUAGACCGAACAAUUCUUAUGCCACGCCAGAAAACAGGCCGAUGGACCUUUGGAUCAAUGGCUUUUUUCAGCUUCGGCAUGUUUAAGUACGUUUGCCCCCCCACCCCAGCCAGGUCCACUUAUCAUUUGGGUUACACAAAUGGCGGGACAAACGGGUUUAAAUGUUCAACAGUCUGGAAUAGUCUGGACCUGUCCUUCAAAUACAAAGUUUUGCUGUACACAGAUGCCAUCUCUAAGUAACGAAGUGAUUUUUUCAGGUGUAACACCUGGCGAUUUGGACCCGCGAAGUACUGGUAUGAUCAGCUGGAUAUUCCCGAAGAUGCUGAUAUAGCCAAAUGGACCGUUUGGUCGCGACUUCCCCCGAGUGUUGUGCCUGUCUCUUCAGCACAGAAUUUAGAGUCACCCAGUCCAGGUGGCUCAGCACUCGCCGAACCCGGACUUAAGAAACCGAGUGAAGAGGCAGGUACGCUGUAGCUUUUCUUCCUCCUGCCAGCUUGCUUUGUUCUGUCCUGCCGUGCCACACCAUGCCCCUAACUGUCCUUUGCAAACGAUAGCUUGUCAAGAAGCGAGGCAAUCCAGGCUCCAACUUUCGCCCUCAGAGAGUAAUUUUUUGCCCUAUCAAUUAAUGGAGUGGGAAGAGGACAUCAUCUACGAUGCCCAACUGAGCUCAACGAAAAUUGCUGUUAGCGCCCGACAGAAUGCUGCUUUCGCAGGCUGGAUCCCAUCUCAACAUUGUCGCACUAUGGCAGCUUUUCAGGUUCGUCGGUGUUCUGAAUUAAUCUAGCACUUCUUUUGUGAACCUGUGUGAGUCCUUGUCUUGAGUAAGUGAGGUCGUUUGGUAUAACUCUCCCUCCUCGAUACUUCGAUCUUAUCUCAGGUAGUGCAGUGACGGGUUCGUUGUCUAUUUGCGCAUAUGAUGACUACUUUGCACGUUUGAACUCGUCUUCGCCAAGCCUACCUUCUUGAAUUUGCACAACUACUUGUGGUUAUUUUUGUCUGAAUCCCGCUUUUGGAAACAGAACAGUUUCCCUUUAUUUCUCUGUUCUUAGACUUAUUGUUCUUAUUGCAAACGCCCCCCCCCCACAGGACGCCUAUCAAGGCAAGUACCCUGGGAUCCUCGGUUACAAAGCCCUUGCCGGUGUCGGAGCCGAUCAGACAACCGCGGGAACUUUUCGCAUGCCUCGCAGCGUUGAAAAUGCAGCCGCCGUUCAGUCAAUAACGGUCGCUGCCUCCAACACUCCCUAUGCCUUUUUUCCGGUUGAAAAUGCAAACAUCCUUAACGACAGCUGGCGUUGGGAUAUAAUAUACGAUCCGCUCGUCGCUGCUCGCACCCAACCCGCUUUCCUGCUCACCUUGGAUCUCAAGGACGAGAUCAGCGUUAUCGAUCAUGUCAUCAAUGAUGACGAAGUGGCUGCUAUAAGUGGUCGCUCGCGGGCAGUUCUCUUUGGUUCAACAGAUGAAGUACCUUCGGGAGAAACAGGGGAGUCCGAACAACAGCAACAACAUCCAGGGCAACAACAACAACAGCAGAAGAGUGCUAUCAAUCGAGCCAGUUUUCAUGUCAGUUUCGGACCCGCGUCCACACGUGGAAUGCUGACCGGUGCAUUAGCCAAGGCCGCGCAGGGCGCUGAAAAGGUGAAACGAAUUCUUGGCAAGGUAAGUGACAGGAGUCGCUUUCUUGCAUCUUUAUCCAUCUCCUCACUAGCAUUCUGUUUUUAAAGCUAACUGAAAACAAUCGGUAUUCGGAGACUAGGAAGGACGGGCAUGAUCGAGCAGACUAUUGAUUUCCGCGAUCUCACGAACUUAACGGGGGCGCAGCUUGAGCUCUUGCCAUGUAAUAGCUGGCUACUUUCUGAUACUAUUAUUUUGCCUAGAUCAGCGGGCGUGAUAGUCCAUACAUGGUACACUCAAUCUGUUUAGCGCUUGUGAACAGAUCAGUAUUGAUGCAGGCAGGAAUACCGACAAAGACAAGAGAGACCGGAUGGCCAUUUCUGGCCUAUUAGCCGUCGUCAGCCAGUCAUGCCAAAUCCAAGGUUUGGAUAACCUGGGAUCAGUGGGUGGAUUGCUAAAGUAAAGUGUGUGAAAGUCGAGCGUACCUGUAAGGCAUUGGCGAAUUCACAGGAAACAUCAGCUGUUCACGCCACCCCUACAGUUAAAAAACGAAGUAGUUUUUCCUACCUAUGACGACGAUGAUAUUGGCACAAACUAGCUUCUUGUGAGGAAUCUUCCUAAAGUAUCUGACCAACCCUUUCCUUACUUUCCAAUGAUAUACGGCUUGGAGACUAAGUCUGAAUCAGUAAAAAAAGGGUUUGGGCGCAGUUGCUUGCGGAAUGUUUGCGCAUGUUGUAGCGCGUUGUCUUUUUCAUCACAAAAUGACUCUUUACUGCCACAUGGAGAAGCUAUUUUCUAAUUCUGUUAAAUGCACUACAUGCCGUUAGCUUCUUGCUGUAAAAAUUGCGUUCUUCUGGUAAUAACUUUCGGCGUAGAUGUUUGCAUAAACAUAAACCUGACUAAUCGUGUCCCCAGAACUUUACUCCGCGUUCGCUUGAUAGUUUCCGAUGAAACUCCAAACUGUCUCUUCCAAUUGGAGUUAUACCGGGAGUCAUACUGGGAGCCCCAGGAGGACGCAUGGAUGAAUCGAACUCCUCACUGUUACAGCAUUCAGUCGCACAAGGUCGCAAAUAACUGGCCCCUCAAGACUGACUGUACUGUUUCGUCAAACUUAAGCGAGGCCAGAGAGGUGUGCGACACGCGCUAGUUGGAGGUGUUAGGUAGCGUCUUCCAUUGCGCCCGAUCGCAUCUCCAAUGUCUUGCGUCGGACAUGUUAGGGGGGAAGAUCCAGUGGAGCCAACCUGCUACGGCUUUCCUCACGCCAAUAAAGUUCGUGCUUUUCCCACUCUACUAAAUUCAGUCUGCCGGACUAAGCGGUAGGCUGCAAUGGAAUUUCACAGCGUACCCUUCCUGUUAUCUCUCACCAUCUAGCUAUCCGAGUCUGUUGAGUUUAGUCCAUGCAAAGUGAGAGACCACCACUUCACCAGUUGUCUUGACUCGGCUCAACAGUAAAUAAUGACGCGAGUGGAAAGAGUGCAACUGGUCCUGCGUGUCUUCUCAUCGUUAGAAGGCAUCUAACGUUUUUUGAUCUAUCACAAGGCCAGUUUCUGUGAGCAAAGCGGCUCUGCUGGAUUUCCAGUUGAUCGCAGGCGAGCAUUUCUUCGAUUUGUAAGAUAAAGUUCACCUUUUUGCUCAAAAUUCACCAUAUUUAUGCAAAGUCGAACCGUGCCAUCCAUACUUUAGCACGGAUUCCUGGCAGAAGGUGACUGGCACUCAGACGAUGGCGACGAGGUAGGCGCCAGCGAAACCGCGGCAACGAUGGCCUCCGCCGCCGCGGCCGCGUCGGGUCUUCCGCCCAAGGAUCCCCUUAACCUCUCCAAUGACGAGUUCUAUGCUAUGCGCUCCGGUGGCAUGUUUGGAUGUCUGGCACGCUGCGGUCCGCUGCAACACAGCACACCCGCUGUGGAACUCUGGCCGCCCUUCUUCCCAACUUUCAACACACCCCUGCGUCUGCGUCAGUUCCAUCGUGUGCCACUUAAACGGUCAGUAGCCCUCCCCAGAUGUGAUAACCUUUAUGUCUACCUGGGCCGAUUUAUUUACCUCCCAGUGCAGUGUAAUAGAAGGCGCACGACGCUGACCCACUCUGCGACAAGCUCCUCAUCGGAAAUCAGUAGCGUCGAUGGGGACCAAACCGCAGCCUUGCUGAUUGUUGUCUCACUUCGACAAUCCAACAGCGCAAUACCUUCAGUUCCUUAAGUACGCCCUCGAGUGCUGUCCCAGAGGCGUUUUGAGUUGGCUGCCCCAAGGGAUGAACAUCAAAAGCCGCGACGUACUCCGCAAUUAGCCGCCUGAGCAAGCAGUCGGUCACUUGAUAAAUCUUGAUCGCCGUUGAUUUAACUAGUGUUUAGAAUAUUUACGUAACACUAUUUUGCGUCGGAUACUGUUCAUAAAGGGCCGUUAUGUCAAAUCAACUUCCUGUUCUGACCAUUGAACGCGUUUCUCGUCCUAUCCUCUUUGGUACUUACACACAUUUGCUACGGUAAUUGAAUUCGAAUUCAUACGUCAAAUAGUCCAGAUUGCCACGUUGUUUAUCAAUUUUCCGAAUCUAUAGUCUUUUUUUGUUUUCGGAGAGCCUCCGGAGUGUCUCACGUUCUCUUUCUCUGCGGUCAUUUUAUCGCCCCUUGUCUGCCUUCGAAAGUUUUGUCUGUAAUUUGUAGGUAUGUGCGGGGCACUAUGUCACAGUACGGCAUCCCCGUGCCUGUGGUCAACUUGACAAAAAACAUCCAAAAGAAGAUGAAGGAGCGGGAGGAGGAAAAGGCCGCCUCCGGUGGUGGGGACAUCUUCUUCAUGCGCACACCCAGCGACCUCACUGGUUGUGAUGGCGAAAUUGUCCUGUUUGAAUACUCAGAAGAAUACCCGCCUCUUAUGAUGCAGGCAAGCUUUAUUGGAGAAAUCGGAUUUAAGUACUCACUUUUAAAGUCAGUCACUAGGGUCCUUUCGUUUGGUUAACUGGCAAGUUGUAUUGAUCCAGAUUUAUCCCCGGUUUCAUAAUUUUCACUUAGUGGUGCUCGUUCCUACCAGUUCGUGCAAAAGUGAACAGUCAACGUCGUGCAUUUUACUCCCUAGUUUCCACAUUAUCCGCUUUUUAACGAUUGUUCAGGAAUGCCUGAUAGUCCUGACCGAACGCUGGGAUUUAGACUCUCUACCUGGCUGCUUUUCUAAAGUUCAUCUGCCUCUUUGGUCGUUCACGUGGGAACCGAGUCUGCGAAAACUGGGUUCUCUUGAACCCAAAGAUCGUUUAAUUUUUUGUCACACCUAUUACCCUUAAAGCUAGGGUAAACACCCAGUCUCCUCUGCUUUAUGUAAGUGCGCACUGUUCUCCGUUCAGCCGACAUCAGUCUGGCUUUGCACCCAAACUUCAACGGCUUCCGGCGACGAUGCACUUCAUCCGGCCCCGCGCAGGGCGUCCAUAUAUUUUCUAUCAAGUUGCUGCCGCGCAUCUGUUCCAGUCGACAUUUAGAAAGGCAGACCCUCGUACGUAUGAUGAUUUCUGACCUUUAACUCCCAACGUUUACCGUCAGGAAUAAGAUGUGAGCCUCCGUAAUGUGGAUUUCACUUUCGGAGACUUUGUACUUCUUUCCUAAAUCCGCUAUCUUCCAUCCCCGCACUCGUUCAGAAUUUCCACAAUUACUUGAUCAGCCCAUAGACCCCACAGUUGUUUGCUAAGACAGCUAGAGUUAGGCUCCUUACAGAUGAUUUCUUCCGCAAAAUCUGAAGAAUGGCAACAAAGUUGGCUAGAGAUGACCACAAAAACCAUUAGAUCGACGUUGUCGCCACCAUGAAACAGGCCCCAAAUGUCGGCGACACGCGAAAACUCUACCAAAUUAUUCACAAACAUCGCCUUAAGUCCUCUGUACUCGGUGACUUCGUCUGCCAUGUGAUUGGCCACUUUGCUGCUGAAAACUCGGCCAAACUCAGGUACUGUCGUGAGUACUUCGAACACGCUUCCGGCUUCGAUGACCACCCCGUCACUGCCCACCUCCCCUGCAGCCCUACCUUCCCAUCUUGUGGUAUACCACGUACCCCUUCGUUCCAGAGAGAAGUGGCUAAAGCAAUACUCAAACUGUUCAACAACAAGGCAACCGGAAAGGACGAUAUUCCAGCUGCGUUUACCGGACAUCCAUCCUGUUAGUCCUCCUGUACAGUUGUGAAUGCUAGACUGUGCGUGUGGUGGACGAACGAAAAUUCGACGCGUUCGAUCAUUGUCGUUUAAGAAUUAUCCUUCCAAUUAAGUACACUGACAUGUCUCGUAUGUGACAGUCCGUACUUGCUGUGACAACAUCGCGAGAAUAUCCAAGGCCAUCCAUACAACAAGACUGAGGUAAUUCGGGCACGUUCUCUGUCGCCCGCGCCCCAUAAGUCCGGUGUUGGCGACGACCUGUUGCUCUGUUAACCUGGAGGCGUCGAAGAGUACGUCAAUUCGAAACCAGAUUCUUGGACUGCCGCUGCUCGAGAAGAUAGUGAGUCGAGCUUUCCAGAUCGGCUGCGCCUCUGUGUAAAUACUUAGUCCGCCCAUACACGUCCAGAACGAAAUCGGGCUUGGUUUAGCCGCGUCCUAGAGUCAUGCAUAGUCUGGAAUCGUCUAAGAAGGACAAUCGCGAAGGUUUUGCAGCCAUUUCGAUGGGGCUUAUGCCGUGGUGGUUAUCGCAUCAUGCCCUGUCUCCCCUCCUGAGGCUAGGUACUAGGAUGCCUGAACCCCAGUCAUCAGGAACAACUUCGUCUCUCCACGUUUAUUCAAUCACCUCAUGGGGCCAGGGCACCAGAGUGUUUCCAACGUUUGAGGCCUGUUGCAUGGAGGUCGCUGUUUCAGCCUAAUAUUGCUUCCGGUCAUCCCUGGCCGACUUUGCCCUCAUCUUUCGAAGUUGGCGGAAGGAAUCAUCAUUACUUGAUCUACCUCGAGCCUUCUGAGUUGACCCAGUCACUGCGGCGUCGUUGGGUAUAUUCAAGGAUUUUAUCAGCUGCCCCAUAGAUUGAAGUUUUCAGUGACGAGCACUGGUUAUUGCCUUCUUCUUAUGCUCUGGUCAUAAAACAGGACCGAAUUUCUCUGCUUAUGACCUUCGCGACAUCGAGGCGUCUAGGACGUGGCAUUUUUGGCGCAGAUGAGAGGUUAGCUUUCAAGUGUGUGUGAACGAGGACAUGGUCCGACCCAGAGGUGUUACUGGUCUCGGCACCACGCAUCGAUCUUCUAUCGUAAAUCCAGCUGCGGAAUCUUGAUCUGACUAGUAUGUAGUCAAUAUGACUGGGCCGUAUGACGGUCAUUUAAAUACCAUGUCAGAUGAUUGUUGCGAGCCUGGAAGCACGUGUGGGUAGCAAACAGCGAAUGGUCUUAAUGGUCUUUGUGAACGACGAAUAAAAUCGUCGUCUUGCUUGCGGGCCGUUUUGGUCCACCCUGCUUAUUUCGGAUUACGGUUCUACCAAGUUUUGAAAAUACCGCGUCGCACAACUUACAUGUGUUACUACUUACAAUACGUGAGUAGCCGUUCAUAUUUACAAUUUUUUGACUACCUGUCUGCUUUUGCAUACAAUAAUGUACAAAUUCUCUUUUUCAACUUUCCACUUAUCAGUGCCUUUCUCAGACGAUUUAUAACCAAUAGGGGGUUCAUGGGCGUUCGCCUGUUUUUCCCUUGCUAGAGCUGAACUGAACUUGCUAACGACUCACGCGAAAACCCUUCCGCUGUUCAUUUCCGUAUCCUUUCGUAAUCGACUGCUUAAAGACAUUGCGUGGACAUCUAUAUCGCGCGGCAUGUCGCGCGUACGCAAUAUAUAUCUGCUUACGCCUAGUAGUUCCCAGUGUGUUGAAACAAACUACUGUCGAACAAGUUCAUUACUAAGUUUCAUAGCACAGAUCGCCAUAAAUUUGCAAAAAUGAAUUUUAUGAGCUGAAUUCGUCCCCGUUUUCUUGAAACUAUUGCAAUUUCUCAUACCCACUCACGCCCGAUUCUCAUAGAGGCAAGAUCGCAUUUUUCGUUUUCACACAGGAUUUAUUUCGUACUUUCUCUAUUUAUAUUAAUCUUCGUUUAUAGUACAAUGCGCAUAAACAUGAAGUUUUGAUCUGCAAAUUUCAAUAGCGUAGGAAAUCAUCCGGAUAUCAAAAAGGGUCCGAGUUUGUCCAAAUCUGGUCUAUCUUGCUUUGAUGAAGCUGAUUCGAGAUGAAUCCUUCUUCAGUAAAUGGCCUUCUGCGUCUCAAAUAAUUUUAAUAAACGCAAAUAACAAUACCAAAUGUAUGACGUACUUCUUACUCAAAUUUCGACCACGACAUUUCACGAGUUAGACCACCUACUGUAAUUCAGACUUUUUGUUUAAUCAGUCCAGUUAAAGGUUUAUAGACUUGUGUAGAUGUUCGGCUUUUAUUGGACCGUUAUCUACCUGCAACUUGUUUUUACUCUGCUUGAAGGUUGGGAUGGCAACCCGUCUGGUGAAUUACUAUCGACCACUGCACCCUCGCGACCCUUCUCUUUCGCCUGACCCGGCUGCAAACAACUCGCCUCCGGAUUUUACCUAUGGAUCGCUCGUUUAUGUGGGGAGCACUGACUCUCCCUUUCUCGGCGUCGUAAGACCCGGUGGCUGUCUCCAGGUUAGUUCAGGUUUUGCUGCCGUUAUCCAUUUCUACUACAUCAAUGUCCGCUGGGCAGUUACUUUCAUUCUUACAACCGUCUCACGUCAUUACAUUCGUUUGUUUCUUUUCAGAGCCUCGAGAACAACAUGUUUCGUGCCCCCGUUUAUCCUCACAAGGUACCCUCAACUCUCUUCCUUGUUGUGCGCAACCGUAACGGUCUCUGGAUACGUCGGGCACCCGCAGCCUUCACAGUUGGCCAGGAAGUACCCCUCAUUGAGGUUCCCGGUCCAAACUCUAAGCGCGCCAACAACUUUGCUCGUGACUUCCUCCAGGUCUAUAUUCUUCGUCUCUUUCUGCGGAGCACAGAUGAACCAAAACGAAUCAAGAUGGAAGAGAUUCGAUCUGCCUUCCCAAAUCACUCGGAGAGCAGUGUUCGCAAGCGCCUCAAAAUUUGUGCCGACUUUAAGCGCACCGGUACGUCUGUUGUAUAUCAGUUUACCAGUAUAGAAGUUAACUGGAAAAACUUAUGCUCUAGGGAUAAUAAACUUUGUGGCGUACUUUUCUGUCGAUCACGGAGACCAAAUAUCAAAUUUUUUCACAUCAGUUCGUUAAUUUGCUGUUGGCAGGCUGUUGAUCAUCCUGUUGUAAAUGCCACUUCUUUAAGCCGCAGAUUUUGAGGAGAUGACGCCGCUUGACCCAGUAUCUUCAGUCCACUGCCUCCCUUCUUCCAACAGUACUGUUUUUGCCUCCAUUCAGGACAGGCGACAGAGACGGGAGCAUGACUUGCGGGGAGUGUUUACUAACCCGUGCCAGUCAGUAACUAAAUUCCCUGCACUAGCACGCCAUCUCUGAAGUAAGUCUGUUUGGGGUUAGGAGUCCAGCUUGCCCGCAUGUCCCACUAACGGUUGAUGACCUGUCGGAGGAACUACCUUACGACCCCCAAGAGGCUGGCUCACCAAGCCCGCUUGGCUAAACAGGGUGUUGUCGUAUGUCCAACGUAAGUGCUAAAAGUUGCUAAGGAAAAGUCCUUAGUUAAUGUUCAGAAUGUAACGGUACUCGUGAAUAAUCUGACCUGAAGUUCAGCAGCCCUGUUUGCCCAAUGCAGAGCGAGAUUUCAAAGUAUGGAUCGCACAGGCUUAAUUCCUCCCAGCUAAAGAAAGGGACACGCAUCGUUAAUUUUGUUCCCUUGAUCAGGAAUACGUGCAAGGUGAUAUUUCUAUGGUGGGAGAAGGGGGGGGGGUAGUUAACAGCAGUAUAACAGUCUUUGGUGUCUCAAAAACCUUAAUUGAUAACGGCCUCCAUUUCGGAAUUUUGUUAUGUUCUAUUACGAAAUUGACCCUUUUUCCAUUGACAUUUUCCCUAUUUAACAAGAAUAGUAUUGGCCACAAUUCACUAAUUAUCCAACGAUGUAGUAAAACGCCGCACUCAAACAGUAUUAUGCAAGGCAGGGCUUUUAAUAGCGGCCUCCAGCUUGGGCGAAUUUGAUGAUCUCUGCCCAACGACAAUGCCUGCGCAUUGCGAAAGGGCCGGGAGGGAUUUGGUGGUCACUUCUUUCUCCCCUUUCGCCAUCCUCCAUGUUCAGCCUUUUUGCCAGGAGGACUUACUUUACCGUUACCAAUUUCUGUCAUUUUCUUCAGGUUCGGAUGCAAGUUGGUGGGUCCUCCGGCAGGACUACCGCCUGCCCUCUGAAGAGGAGAUUCGUUAUCUCGUCCAACCAGAAGAUGUAUGUGCCUUUUUCAGCAUGCAGGCGGCUGAAUUACGACUCAAGGAUGCCGGUUAUGGUGAGAAGUCACUCUUUGUCCUCGACGAAAAUCAGGAAGAGGAGGAAGAAAAGGAAGGGCAGGUGGGCAACUAAUGAUUCACCACUUUUGUGGUACCGAAUAGCUACCGGUCAUGCCUGGCAGUCGGUUGCCUAUAGGAGACCUCAGUCACCCAUUCGAGGCUUGUUCGCCUCGGAAAUCUAAUGGAUCGAGAUGCACCCAUUCGUAUUUCGAUGUGACAGUUUGACCGUCGCGUCCGACGACGUCCACCGUGUGCUCCACAGCAAGGUGAGAGCAGGCACGGUGACUUGUUAAUAGAAUCGAAGAGGAGGACUCCAGGAAGUAGUAGCGAAGAAAGAGACACGAUCGAUGGAACAAGAGUUGUAUUAGUCUUACAUUUAUGAUUCUCACUCGAAUUCGUCAUCAGAGACAAAGUCAGAUAAGGGUAGUGGAUUGCCUGGUGAUUUGCGCGUGAAUUGGCUUAAAGUGAGAGGAGACUUGCACAGCACCCAUCGCACUCUUUCCGCCUCUUUCCCCACCUGGGCUUGGAGUCAAGAAGACUGGAGGCGGAAGAGGGAGCAGGUGGCUGGCACGGCGAAAACCCGCGUCCAAGCGUACCACCACACCCCUUGGUGCUCCACGUACAACUGACUAUGGUUUUACACAAAGAGACAACAAGGGGGCAGCCCGAAUCCCAAUCAGCACGGCGUGCGCAUGCAAUUAGGCUUGCCGCCACAUUCCGAAUGUCGUCAUUUAUUUUGGGCCCGCAUUCCCGAUAGCGCCGACCCAGUCCUUGUAUUGGCCCGACUCAUCGGCUUUGUCGCCUGCUUCGCAUUAUCAUUGUGCUCACCGUACGAACUUUAGCCUGCAUGUUUGCUGCUGACUAGCCUUGACCUCCCGAUGUCGACCACUGGCGGCCUCACAUGAAAUUUGCCUCGUACCAGCGCCUACCUCCUCAUGCUUGCCCUAACGUUGCACAGUUAGGACAAUUUCCAGCAUCCUUGUGCACACAUUGAAUUCGAUAUCUGAAGUAGACACCUUAAUUGUAUUCGUUUGUUAACUUCAUUGCAUAAAAACUGGACUGGGAUGUCCAGUGUAACUUUGUCUAUAGCACAGUACGAUGGAGCCGAGUAACUUGAGCUGACGAAACGUGCUUUAUUUCAAGCCAUGGGGACGGACAAAUCCAGAUUUCGAGAACAGCUGGAAAUAGGGUGAAAUUUAUGCGUCAUUUUUCUUUACGAUAACGGAGACAGAUUUAGAAUUUUUAGACGGAAGUUACUUUCCUUUCGGAUAAAUUUCACAGACUUCGCAUGAGAAAUCCAAAAUUGCAUGAAAAUUGUCUAAAACAAGUUUUUUCGGAAGAAUUUUGACGAAUUCGCGUGCAGUUUGGCGUCCUGACAUAACCUCUGUCCUCCUCCUCCUCCUUCAGCCUAAAAUGGAGGAUGAAGUCCGGGCUGCACCAUGGAACACGACGCGCGCCUACCUUGCUGCCCAGCGGGGCGGCUGUUUCCUCGAGUUGCACGGGCCGGCUGAUCCAACCGGCUGUGGUGAGGCCUUUUCCUACUCCAAAACCUCUGCAAAACCGGGCGCUCUGUUUCGGCAGUCAGGCGGGGAAGUGGCCCGUGGUUUGUUGAAAGACAAGCGCACUGUUACUGGCACCGACGCUGACUUACGAAAACUCCAUCUUCGUGACGCUCGUGCUCUUCUGCGUUCCUUCGGAAUAAGUGAAGCUGAUUUGAAGACGUUUAAGCGGUAAGUCUUGCCUCUAAUGAGACACAAUUUGCUAUUUCCUCCAAAACCAUACUCAUGAUACUGUUAUCCCCUUCUGGAUUUUUUUCCUAAAGUUGGGAAAUUAUAGAUAUGGUGCGUUUUACUUCCACCGAACGAGCCAAACAAGGUGAAGAGGAGAGCACCGCCAAGUUUGCCCGUGGAAACCGGUUGUCAAUGGCUGAGCAGAUUCGCUGUUACCGGGAGGAGUGUCAGCGUAUUUUUGACCUUCAAAAUCGCGUUUUGUCAAACACAGAGCUGCUGAGUUCUGAUGAGGGUGAAGAGGAACCGAGCAGUGAUGAGGAGGACGAGGAGGAGACGACAAACGCCUUUGGAAGCGGAAAAGGUGCCGGUGCGGCAGCUGCUGGUUCGGGGGCCACUUCGAGCAGCAACGCUAUUGGCGGUGUCCGCCUCUCCAGUCUGCCUUCAUCCAAUCGGAACCGAUAUGACACGGCCAGUCGCAAUAUUGAGUCCAUGUUGGCCAAUCGAAUUACGGCCGAGGAGUUGAAACAUCGUCAGGAGGAGGCGGAGUGGGAGGACCUUAAGCGAAGUGUUGAACUUGGAGUAAGUAAUCUAUUUUUGGUCUAGUCAUCAAAUGCUUCAUCCGAUACAUACGACAACGUGAGUUCUGGAAAGAAGUUCAGUUCAGUUCAGUUCAGUUUAUUUGAGGGAAAUAUAGGUGUUAAACCUUUGAACUCCCUAUUUGUUACAAGGAGGCGAACAAUAAAAAAAUGUGAAAAUUGAAACAUCAAACGGCUACAGAGUUUCUUCAGACUGGCAACGUUUUGUAAGCCAGACAGAUAAACGAAUUGUUCCAAAAGUUAAAAACAUUAACGUUACUAAAUGUGCUGUACAGUAGUCUGUCUAGGGAUAGUUGGUGCUAUCUCAGUUUCGGAGGGAGACGAAUUGAAUGCCAACACACAUUUAACAGACAUGGGACAAUAUUAAAAAAACAAACGUUACUGAAAUAUAGGAAGUAAUAUAACAACAUUAAUACACUGUUCGAACGAAAUGUUAGACAAUCUGUCAGGUGGCAUUGUGACGAUUGGUGGCAAUCUGGUCCAAGUUGCGCUUAAAAGCCUCGACGGAGGUGGACAUGACGACACCUGCAGGCAGAGCAUUCCAGGCCUCGAUCACUCUGUUUGAAAAGAAGAACUUCCGAGUGUCCAGCUUGGCGCCAGUUACUCGUAGUUUAAGUGGAUGACCUCGGAGGUUCGUUGUGGUCGCUAACUCAAAGAAAUCAGUAGGUACGAGACAGCAGUCCUGGCCGCGCAGUAUACGGAAUGUUUGUAUAAGGUCGCCUCUUAGCUGUCUGUAACUCAGUGGAAAGAGACCGAGAUUGGACAAUCGGGUUUCAUAGGGUAGUGAACCCUGUCCACCUACGAGUUUGGUUGCCCGCCUCUGAACUUUCUCGAGGAUGCUGAGAUCUUUAGAGGUCCACGGUUUCCACGCCUGAAUGGCGAACUCCAGCUGUGGCCGUACGAAAGUCCGAAAGACUUUAUCACUAGAACAAAAGUUUUAUUCGCUUAGCGUUUCAGAUUAACACUUAAAUACAUCAUCAGAGACUGCACCGGAUAUGGGUAGUGUUUGUACAACUGUUGCAGUUGCACUGGGAUGGAGUUGUGCGAGCUCUACGCUUAUCUGAUGCGGUCUUUGACGAUGGAUUCGAGUGUGAAUCCAAGACGCACUUCACAACUUCCACGGGGUUCUCUUCCUUCCUUUUAACGCAGAAGACAUUGAAGCGCAACCGCAAGCCAACCGACUCUGUUAAACCAGACGGAUCGACGCCAGCUGCAGAAUUUGUUGCAGCUACCUCAACCGCAGCCGCCUCCGUUCCAUCCACUGUCUACGAGGCGAACUCCACAUCAGCGGGUGAAAUCCUCGACCUGCCGCCAAUCUUCCCCUCGGCACAGAAAAAGGUGCUUCGUAUUGUGCGCACCUAUUCGACAGGCGGACAGCAGUACACGCGUACUGAACUGGUGCCCUGGUCCCCGGUCGUUGAAAUCUACCUGAAAAUCAGACAAACCCGGGACACGGAGUUCAUCCACAAUUUCAUCGGCUCUGAUGACCAGUUCAGGGAACAACAGCGUAGGGAAAAACGUCGACUGCAGGUUAGCUCCUUUCGAUAAAUAUUAUUUUACAACGGAAAGUGUCUAGAUUGUUUUGACUAGAUAAGGGAUGUAGACAUUCUAGUCGCUGCUUAUGCAACAGUUACUCGGGUUUUUUAGACUCUGUUGUUCUGCAGGAACGCCACACCUGCACUUACAGUGCGUGGCUGAUCUCAUGAAACGUUAGCCGAAAUUCUGAAAUACGUUUUCAACUAAAAAAGGAUUAAAAGGGUGACGUUGUAAUAGUUGUUAUCAGGUAGCAUAAUCCUAGAGUAUUUCAGACUUGCCAAGGUGUCGGCUUUUGAAUGCACUUCUUCCUGACCUCCGGCAGAAAUCGUACUUGGUAAAAAGUGACUACUUAUGCAGCAUGCAUGCAUGCAUUUUCGAUGUCCCUAUAGAUUUUAAUGUAUUUUAUGGAAAACAUGCAUAAAAAUAUGCUUUCUUUCGCAUGUUCGCUAGAAAAUCACACUGUCUUCACAUUUUACACCCGCAAAAAGUAUAUAUUUAGUUUUGAAAACGUCUCCCCAUUCCCGAAGAAUUUUGAGCCUGACCAGCCGUUGCUUUAGCGUUUAGCGGUUGAAUUCCACAAGCUGCAUGCGUUCCGUGUAAGGAAAAUCGUAUAUUCUUUUAUGCCUUUAAGAAGAUACUAUAAAGCGUCAUAAAAAUCUACAAUGACCCUCGCAUUUCCUUUAUCCUUGUCAUCAAUACUUGUCUAUUACUGCCUGCUCUUUGCUGUUCGACCGUCUGCAAAGACUCCGUACCGGGGGUCCAAGUUAAAACUCAACGCCUGUAUCCCAUCCUGGAACUAUUCCAUAGUGCUAAAUGCCACAUCCACGACAGUUGGAAUAUUUCCGGUCGCCCAAGUAAUUGAGCUCAAUGACCCACUCGAACCGAUUCUAAACAACGGAUUUACGCGGUCUGCGGCAGCGACACGUCUGACUGUCGACGGCAAUAAGUCAAGAAUGGUCACUUCGGCCUCUCUUGCCUUUGACGAUAAUACUUCUUCAUCAUUCAUGUUGUUUACAGGACGCUUCUGUGACCUGAUUGAUAGUCGUCUGUUCACGACCGUUGUCACUACAGGCCGGAUCCAGUUUUCCCCGGGGCCACCCCUUUCGGCGUAUUAUUGCGCUAAAUUUGUUCCAAACUGCCUUAAAGCAGCAGAACAUCUUGUAACCAUCUUUGUCUGGGAUAGUUGAAUGGCUGCUGGAGAAGGCAGUACGGCAGCACCUCGAUUUCUAAUCUAUCCACUUGACCGCACGUUACUCUGCUUAUGUGUAAUUGACAGGUAAAUUGCGACUUCCCUUUUUGUCUGCAGGAUCAACUUCGCCGCGUACGUAAGCAACAGGACCUUAUACGCUCCAGGGCUGGCGCUUCGGGCCCACUGCGCGAUGCCAGCGGCCGCCUCCUUAGCGCGAACAGAGUCGGCAUUUCUUCGCGGCGGCGACACAAGCCGUCGAGUCUAGUGCUGAAAAUGCGUUGUGGAGCCUGUGGCCAGACAGGUAAGUUCGUGACCUGCAGGCUUUCCCUUGGGUGCUGUGCUGCCUUGGGUUUGAUGAUUGAAGUCAUACAUUUAUUCCCGCCUGUUGUUGCAGUGACCAUCUCGUGGCGUCCUUGUCGAGAUGCAUUUUCGUCCAGAGAGUCCAUUUGACUGUUAGAUGGUGCCCCAUACUCUGCUCCAAACUGCAAAAGCACACCCUCAUUCGAUUGUCGCUAGCACGGACUCCGAGUUUAUAUCCCCUCAGGUUCAGUGCAUAGCGCACAUGCCGCAUUCAGACCGUGAGUAAUCCUGGGUAACCGCGAAUAAUGCCUCGUUUUCAUGUGUUUUUAGGUCACAUGCGUACAAAUAAGGAGUGCCCAAUGUACGGAAGAAGCGAGGGACUGCCGCCAGCCAGUGUGUCCACAGAACGCCGUCCUGGCGGUACCGUCGCUAGUUCUGGUGCUCGUGGUACUGUUUUGCGUUCGCAUUUGGGUGAUAACAUUGAGCGGGAGACAGUGGCCGCCGCACAGGAGCUCAUUUCAAAGUCGGUAGCCGAAUUACUCGCCGAAUCGACCUGGACCUCCUCAGGUGGUGGUGGUGCUGGGGAGGGUGAGGAGGGUGGUGCCGGUACUGAUGCCGCUGAUCACCACCAUGGCGGCAGUGCUCGCGCUGAUGGCCAUCUCUCUGACGACUCAACCAAGGGCGGUGGUGACCAAGACCGCAUCGACAGCUUCCUCCCAGAACUGGAAGAAAAUGCCACUACAGUGAGUUGGCGCAACUUUCUGAUGUCCAUUAUAGCGAAAUCUUAGCAGUGAGAAGACAGCUGCCAUUUUAUGUUGUAUAAUUGCUUCCUGGGCUCUGUGCUUCUAACAAACUGAAUCUUGAUGGUCAUAAUUGAUGAGACAUUAUUUGGUGGAAUCAUUUUUACUGUACUAACAACACAGGUAUUAGCUAAAAGCCCAGACACGCGUGUUUCGCCGAUCUUGUUCCGCUGCCUGACGCAACUGCGAGGGGCUCGGCUCAUCGGUGGGUCCCCCAACUUUCCCCGUGUUUUCUGCUAUGUGGCCUCCAGUUUCAACUUGCCGUGUUUAAUUUCCAGGGAAAUUAAUCCGCGAAAUUGGAGUAAAUCUCUUAGAACAGACUUUUUCAGGCGCGGUCCGAAAUUGAUAUGAAUAUUUGAGUUGAAAUCCAUCAGAUACUGCGGAAUAACUGACAUUAUUUCAUAAGUCAGUAAUUAGAUUGAAUGAUCUUCAUCUCUUCCCCAUUGUAUCGGUGACUUCGGCGUCACAUCUCAGUCCCCUCCUACCGGUAGGUGGCCAGCUGUGGGCCAAAAAAUACGCCGCCAUUCUAGUGCCCCUUUAUCUGCCCGUGCUUACAAGCGGCCUUACGUCAACGAGUCGUUGGUCAGUCUAAGCCCAGUCGAAGACCUGUUUCAAGGCUCGGACUCGAGUCCAUUGGCCAUCUAGCAUUUUUAAGUCGAGUAUUCUCUUAUUUGAGCUACGGGUCCACUUCCUGUUGGCUGAGGACAACGCAUACACUCAAAAUGGUCACUUCAGUCCCCCCUGGUCUGUGUCAGCACGACGUCUCGAUUUUGACUGCUGGGCGUUACGAGACUUCAUGCGGGGAUUCUGCACUCGGAACCCCAAAACACAGGCGAAAACACCCAUUUCUGUUCUGGGAGCAGAGAAAUUCACUGUACGCUGUUUGUGUGAUAUGGAGCCAGAUGUCUUCAGGCUUCAUUGGCCUGAAACCCGAAAUCCUCUCAGCAUGUAUUUCGAUUAGCCCUUAUCUCAGGCGUGCAACACGAAUCCGUGAAUCGGAUCUCCUUCCAGUCUCAGAAGUUAGAAAUUUACCAUGAAGCCCAUCGCUUACGACGAAAACUGAAGAAGGCAAUCAAUGGGCGACCCACUUUUUUCGAUUUUUCAGUGGGGCGUCCAACUUGUACCAGCACGCGGAAUUACUAUUCAAGUUUAUAGCCAUAAGUUUGCACCUGUAUCUACCAAAAAUUCUCCGUUUCCUAUUUUCUGCCCGAAAAUUAUACGCUCCUGCAGCUCUACUCGUCAUACGCUGGGCAGGCAGGACUAGCACCAGUUGCCCUUGAGCCACUUCGUCCAUUUACAAGGGAUUACUUUUCCGCAUCAACGCAGGAAACUGUACUUGGUUAACCGAAAGUGCCUUUUCUUUGCUUAAUCGUGGUAAUUUAAUGAAGUCGUCUGAAGAAAAACAAGCCGUCGUCUUAAACGCUGAGUCCAACAACAGUGAUGUUUGCAUUUUCCGCCUGUCGUAGUACUUGUGCGUGGUACGGCUACGAUCACGGUUGAUCUAGCUGUCUUCGAUGAUGUCCCAAACUGUACCUCUCCACGCGUGGCCAUCCACAGCAGCAGAUCUGGAUAGUUCAACCCAUUCUCUUCGCCAAAGACGGAGACCGAAUACUGAAGGUCCAAGAACCACCUCUGUGUCAUGAUGGACUGUGUCGUACCAGGUUUUGAGUUGACAUCCUCUUCGACGCCUGCCGGACCAACGGUGCCGGAUCGAGGGCAGUAACUGAGCUCCUGAGGUGGACGACGAAGAACAUGCCCGAACCACCUCAGUCGCCCUUCCCGUAUGGCCAGAGAUAUACUUACGAUGUUGUCACAGCGAGUGUGGACCGUCUUAUUUGACACGAAGUCAGUAUACUUCACUCUAAGAAUGGUCUUCAUGCAGUGGUGGUCAAAUACCUCCAGUUUUCGCUCGCCCUCCACGCGCACAGCCCAGCAUUCACAAACAUAGAGGAGGACAGACCGGACAGAUGCACGCUACGCGCGAAUCUUAGUGGUGAUUGAGAUGUUGCGUCGAAUCCAUAGGCAUUUUCUAAGGCUUGAGGAAACCCGUCGGCAGCAUCAGUUCGGGAGACAAUGUCGUCCUUACUCUGUCCAUACGGCAGCAGCCUCGCCUCGAGGCAUUUAAAACUCUACUUCUCCAACAUGACAGCCAUCGAUCUCGAGAGGUGUCUUCUCCUGGUCAGGGAUGCAGUUUGACAACACUUUAUUCUUCCCGGUGUUUAUGGAUAAACCGAUCGCUUUAGCUACCUCGUUCAUACGUGACACCAUAGACAGCAGCUAACCAAAACUUGAAGUAAGUAGGGCAAUAUCAUCGACAGAGUCGAGAUCUGUCAGUCGGUGUCCGGGUGCAAAUUCAACACCGUCACCUUCGUGUAGGGCUUUCCCGAUAAUCCAGUCAAUAGCGUAGUUGGACAGAAUGGGCGGUAGGAUACAACCUUGUCGAAUUCCAGACUGAAUACUAAACGGUUGGGAGAGAUCGUUGUAGACCAGAACUCACGCGGUGGUGGAGUGAUAAUAGGCCUAGUCGUAGUGAUUUUUUUCGACUUUUGCCUGAAGCUUUUGCUGCCUCACUGUCCCUACCGUUGAUUAAUUUGGCAGGAAAACUGACUGACCGAUCGGUUUAACCCCAAAGUGGACAGAUAGUUUUUGCAUUCACGAUUUUUGAAAUUCGGCCCUUCUUGUAGGUCUGUUAGAAACAUUUCCAGCCAGCGACCGGCCCCCCAAUAUUCUUAUUCCACGUUAUUUUUGUCUCUUUGUGGCCGGAUAGUGAAUUGACUAGUGGCGCCUUUUGAUAAUUUCCUUUACAGGUGGAGGGUACCAAGCUGAAAUUGCAUCCUAAUCUGAUGCGCUAUCUAGAAGCGAAAAAGCGCCAGGACUUGAAGAUGACUAUCAAUCGACCACUUCUAGAGAAACUGGACGAGGCGAGUAAGGUAGUCGCUGAAGCCGAUGCCGCCGCUGCAGCCCAACGUCGCCUUUUGGCUCAGCGCAACCUUCAGCGCGGCGGAGGCCAGCGACGCAAGGGCAGCCUGGCUAGUGCCGCUGAUGACGACUAUCCCACAUCAACCAUGAAACACCGCGGUAACCGGCGGCGCAUCGAUCCCCGGGUAGCCAUCAACCACAUUUUCGAAGGCAUUUACAAGGUAAACUCUAGGUCCUUCUUCCAGCGCCCAUCUUGUCUCACCUUGUCGGCAACACCUCACGACGCCCUCUUUUGUACUUUAGCGCAUAUGCCAAAACACCGGCCUGGGCUCCCGCUUGGGCCUGCAUUACAGUAAAAUGAGAUUUCAUAAGCGCACUCUAUUGACACUGUCCGUGCCAUACAAACCGUGUAACACCAAGACCCUAAGGAUAAUUGGAACUGGGCGGUGAUUGCUGCAUGAUGAUGUCCCUUGCCCUCCUUAUUUAAACUUGCAGAGUAACGUGUGGUUCGGCCGAUAUGUUUUACGAUCGGGCUUCAGUUCUGUACUAAGGUUAACCGAACCGGCGAAUUGACUUUGUCCAGUUUUCCAGUUGUCCUUCACCGUGACCUUUUUGUCCCCCUCAGGUCAGUAGUUAGAAAUGACUCUCUGACUGGCCAAGCAGUAGUCCUGACCGUUGUUCUUCCUGAGCUCUCUUAUUCUUGUGAAUUCCCAUUCGGAUUCGCGGCCCGGGGGGGGGGGGCCCGGGGCCAAUAUUUCAGGGUCCAAACACAUGAUGCAUGCUCAUCAACCGUAAACUGAAACAGGUUCGAUCAUUCUCGCAGUCGGGUAGAUUGGUCCAAUUUUCUGACAAUUCCAGCCGCCAUUGAUAGUGAUGAGUAUGACCAUUGGAAACUAGCAGAGAGGGGGUUUUAGAGAAAUUGUGUCGGUAGUUAUAAAGAGAGGUAAUGUUACCGCCGGUGCGUGUCCUUACUGCCAGAGACUCAAACUGCCGAACACCGCAUCGUCAGGCAAUACCAUCGAUGAGAGCCGACUAAAAUCGAUGCUGGCGCGACACGACCCCAGCCCUGGAACAAGCGUCUCCUGUCCGUGACGUAAGAUACAGUUAUCUGCCUCUCGGUGUUCGUUGAAGAACAAUUAAACGGUAGGUUAGACCGUCAAAGUGGAAGGAGGCAUCACCGCCACUUAACUGAGUGAGCCAGUACCAUGCUCCAAGGGUCCCUUUAGCGAGAUAGCCAGCCCGCCAUUCCUGUAUACGCGCAGCGAAAGAUUCACCACAGCUGUGCCCUUAAAACCACCCUAUGCGUGUGCGCCACCGUCUGCUGCCCAAACUCGACUAGUGAUCCAACGAUUUCGAAGCAAUGAGGCGGCGGGUGAUGGCAGACUGUCAGUUGAAGUCUACAAGAUGUUAUUUCUGAGCAACUUGGAAAGACCUUUUACGAAUGUGUCCCAUUGGACUGCAGCGGUACUGCUCUACCUCCUUUCUUCAGGAGAAGAGUCAAGACAGGAUAUCGCGACUGCGAUGGCAGCAGCUUUAUGACUUCAGCCGGUGCACUUUCACGAGUAUCUUAAGUAGCUUUCGCUCCUCCUAAGACGCACCACCAAGAAAAGGAAGAGCUUAAUUUUGCAGCAGCGUUCGACUUGGUCGAUCGAUGUGCUCCGCAGAAGUAAAAUAUGUCAUAGCCUCUUCGGCCUCCGACAUUUGGCCCAUGCCAAAUAAAUAAAGUUGCACUCCGGUUGCCUAAGCUGACCCCAUAGGGAAAGGAAAUGUAGGUGAUCAUGCGGUUAAUCAAACGCUACACUCGGAACUUCUCCCCGACAGCCGACAAGAUCAAGCACAGUAUUCAGUGAUUCACUCGAUGUCGUCGAUCACGGUUAUCGGCAUUGCUAUCCUUCACAAAAUAGGUUGGUAUCUGAGUAACAUGCGCAACCAAGAUUCCUCAACGUUCCGGGUGCUGGCUACCAGUGGUUAUGUAAUCAUGACUAUAAUUGAAGCUCGAACAGAAGGGCUCCAAGUCCGAGUGCUGUACAUCAGUUUUUGUCCUAAAAUCUAUUUAUCAGCGGUUGGGAGCACAAUGAUGUUGCUGAGAACAGCUCGUUAGAAAGAUGCUGCAUGAUCAGCAAAUGUGCAUAGCCUGAACAAUUGCAGACAAAUUCAGACGGACUUUUACACCUCUUGUAAGUCCUCUUGUGUUGGCGGCGGCCGCAAAGCAACCUGUGAACUACUUGCUAUGGAAAGCGCGCAUUUAUUCGGAAACUUUUUGACGAAAGGACACUUCAAGCACACUGGUUUUAAAAACAGGUAGUAGCAUAAAAACUGAACGGUUACGGUGACAACCAAGGCCUCGGUUUAUCUAUUCCGGUCUCCUGGUACAUCUCUGAACGUCAACAGUCGGAUGAGAGAUAGAAUUACUGAUUGCCAUUGCGCUGACGUAAACCGUGCCCGAGUUAAGUGAAGGAGCCUCACAGCCAUCGGAUCAGACUGCGCGAAGUAAGGCACCUAUUGGAUAAUUUGGUCAUCCCGGUCGUUAUGAAGCACCGUCGCAGUUUGUUGUCGAUUAGAGAUGGGGUAACGAACAGCUGGAAGGAAGCAUGCAACGGACGCGCCCCUGUUAUGACACGGGAAAAUGAUAAGUGGUAAGACGGAGAAUGCGGACGCGAAGAAAUCUUCAGGCCUAAGAAGUGGAACAGGAGCGCUUGUACCGAAAAUUAUCGUUAAAAGGGCCAGACGCGCUUAGAAGUUUGAAUGAUACCGAAAUAUCACGAAGAAUAUCGAAGGGUAGUCUGCAAAGGCCUCCGUACUUUGGGUACACGUGAAAUGAUUUAAGACUACAAAGUAGAAGAUACUACUGACACAUGGAGAUUGCUUAAAUUCCUAUCUUAAUCUGAGCAUGAACAGUUGUCCUGUAGAGCUUUUUGCCACUAGGAUUUCUCAUUUUCUGUCGGCUCAAAUUCGAAGUGCGUGUGAUCCCUCGUCAUGCUGACCGCACAAGUUCACCAAUUUCACAAGAACUGCUGUGGUCGGUACACAAUUAUAUGAAAAUUCAAGUAAAACCGUCCUGUUUUGUAGUAUCAUUCAGUAAAGUUCACCUUCUUGUCUUCAGGGACUGUCCCAGGUUACCGGCUACAAGAUAUUUAUGCAACCGGUCAAGGAGAAGGACUUCCCAAACUACUACUCUGAGAUUGAGAAUCCAAUGGAUUUGUCCCAGAUUCGCAUGAAAAUUAACACCAAUGAGUACUCGACGCGCGAAGAGUUUCUCAAGGACAUCCGACUGAUUCACGACAACUCGCGCAAAUUCAAUGGUUAGUUCCGUUUGCAUCCCCUAUUUGUGUCUUGUGUCAGCCCCAGGAAUCUUCCUGCCGUCUACCUGUGCCAUCCACUUGUACUUGCUGUGGCUGUGACCAUGACUCAUCUAUCCGACCUCGAUGUUAUCGCGCAUUGUACCCCUGUACGCGUGACAAUCUACGGCAGCCGGUCUGGAAAGCUCAACUCACUAUCUUCUCCAGCGACGGAAGUCCAAGAACCAGGUUUCGAGUUGACGUACUCUUCGACGCCUCCAGGUCAACAGAGCAACAGGUCGUCGGCACCAGACUUAUGGGGCGGGCGACGGAGAACGUGCUGAAUACCUCAGUCUUCUCGUAUGGAUGACCUUGGAUAUUCUCGCGAUGUUGUCACAGCAAGUACGGACUGUCACAUACGAGGCAUGUCAGUGUACUUGACUGGAAGGAUAAUUCUCAAACAAGGAUGAUCGAACGUCUUGAAGAAGGAGACACGAUCGCCGGGACAAGAGCUUCAUUAGCCUGACGUUUCGGAUUCCUACUCGAAUCCAUCAUCAGAGACAAAAAUGCAGAAACGGGUGGUUGCUGCACAAUGGGCUGCGGUAUUUAUAGGAUGCAGUAGCCAUGCUACCGCAUACCUAUGAACUUUCACGGCUCCCCCCUUCAUCCGAGAUCGUCGCACGUGGUGUGAUCACUGCUUGAUGGCCGACAUUCGAGUCGAUAAUUGCUGCAAUUUCAUCACGUGCGUUGAAUGUUGGCGUGAUGAUUGCUCGACCAUCUGACGCACCGACCCCGGUGUUGGGAAAAGUGUUCACCUCUGCGCUCCCCGCAUGUCUUGUUACUCCGCCUAGGCGAAAUUUUAGCACGCAGUAUGGAGUGGGAAGAUCGUUGCACUUGUUGAUGGACUGGGGGCCAGUAAACCAUGAUUCCAGUAGCUCCCGGCUCACGCGGUUGUCACCUCUUGCGAGAAUUUCGGCCUCAUCGAAUUUGAAUGUGUGGCCGGAUCUUGUCGAAUGAGCCGCAACUUGAGAGCUGGCGUCAUUUCUGCGCACCGCUGCCGCGUGUUCGGCCAUUCUCGUUCGGAGCUGUCUUCCGGUUUCUCCGACGUAGUUGCUUUGUCCGCAACUGCACCAGAUCCGAUAAACGACUCCAGACGUUUCUAGCCGUGGCAGUGGGUCUUUCGGUUUCAUGACCAGACGCCUGAUGGUUGCCUCCGGUCUAUUCAAAAAUGCUGAUCGAUUUCUUCACUUGACGCUUUGACAAUGGAGAGCAGCCCCAGCUCUUCGAAACGUCAGCUAGAAAAGUCCCCCGAUCCGGUGAGCAAUUCAUUCUCCUCAGUUUGAGUAUUGCUUUAGCCAUUUCUCUCCGGGACGGGGGGUUACGUGGCAUAGCACAAGACGGAUAGGUAGGGCUGUAGGGGAGGAGGGCAGUGAUGGGGUGGCCAUCACCACAGUACCUGAGUUUGGCCGAGUUUUCAGCAGCAAAGUGGCCAAUCACAUGGCAAACGAAGUCACUGAGUAUAGAGGACUUAAGGCGAUGUUUGCGAAUAAUUUGGUAGAGUUCUCGCGUGUCGCCGACAUUUGGGGCCUAUUCCAUGCAGGUGGCCACUUCAGCUGUGUACAUUUUGCGUCAUCUGCUCGGGAUUGGUGAAAUGAAUGCUCCAUGCGGGACCCAGGUCGAACUAUAUCUGGACAAACAACUAUUAGAUUCCUCAGCUGAUCUGUUCAUUGUGGCACCGCGGGGUGGAUACGAGAAUUCUCUGUUCCCUCGCGGACUGAGGACUUCAUUGACAAUUAUUUGCCCUCGUCGCCCGGAAUGAUGAGGCAGCAUCGCACUUCUCUGCUCAGGACUUUGGCUGUGCUGGGUUCUCGUAGUUUUGCGACAUCAAGGCUUCUUGCGCGAGUUAUUUUCCGCGCCGUAGAUGAACUUACAGACGGCUGUGGACGUAAAUGCUUUCUGAUCCCUAGGCGUUUUCACUUUCAACAUCACGCAUCGAUCUGCUACCAUGAACCAAACGGCGCAAUCCUGAACCUGCUAGAAUGCAGUCUGGUUGGUCGUGUAGCCGCUGUUUAAAUGCCAGGUCAGCCGAUGUUUGUGGCGAUGCUGGACGCACGUAUUGGCGUCAAAUAGUCAGUUCUGAUCAACAAAGUCCAACACUUUUUCACGUUCCUCGCAUGGCCAAUCAUGUCAGAAACAGCCAAUAAAGCGACUGUUUGGGGAGCUUCCCAGCCCACUCGCAGCUCAGCCCCCGACAACAGUCAGUAUAUCAGGGCGAAGGGGUCCUCUAACCCGUUCCUCCAGCUGUAAAUAGGUUUCUUCACCUCACUAAUCGGCAGCUGAUGUCGGUGAGUACAUGGAGACGACAGAUGUGUGCGUAAAAUAGCCCUUCAGUCGUACGUGAGCAGUGACUGGUUCGCAUGCAAGGAGUGCAUGACUCUCAUGUUGCUAGAGGGCGAUCUCCACAGCGUGUCUACUAGAAGAGUCGCAUGGUAUAGGGUGAAUCGGGAGUUUUCCCGUAGGAUCUUCAUCUCUCCUGAGACUGAGUCGGGGAUUCGAACUUCUUACAGACAGGGGGUAUCCAUAUUCUACUGAUGAAGACUGUGCGUUGACGUACUUUGAGUAAUAGGGUCGAGGGGCGUCCGGGCACUCCGGCCUCUUGUCCCAAAGGUCCGUUCCUUAGUAAGUAGUCCGGCUGGCACUCUCCACCCUCAUCGCUGGACUGGGAUCGCGGUGCGCGUCGGUUCACGCGGAUAUUUCCGUGAUUUCCCCCCGGGACUUUUGGUUACAAACGACUCCCCAGCUGCCACUCGGAUUGUCAAUUCGACGUUGUUUCCCCUAGCCUUUUAGUUGAAGAAACUGGUCGCAAGGCAGCGUUGGUUACGAAACUUGUUUAAUCACGCUUCAUUAUCGCCGUGCCACAGUGUCGUCAUCGAGCUUAUCGAUGUGAAGCAAUCGGCUUGCCAGACUUCAGCCUCCCGCGCCCUGUCGGCACUGUCGCCUUUGAUCCGCGACUACUUAUUAGAUCCGACAGCUUACCUAUUUCACAGCCAAUAUACGCCGAAGUCCGUCCCACUAACCGCCCCACAUGUGGACGCGCCGGCCAGCCAGCAAUUGUGAAAGUGGUUGAACGGGCUUUAGUGCCCUGCUUACCCAACAGCCAUCCACUGAAGAAAAGUUGAUUUAUAAAUCGCCCUCAGGAGUUACUUCUAGCUGAGGGUCGAUAGUUGACCGGGUAAAAACUUUGCACGAAGACCAUGGUUCCUCUAGCCUCGGUUAAUUGCACCAAUAACUGACUUCGAUGCUCUCCAGUAAAGCUUACUUGCUAUGGCCGCCCCUUUUCCCCUCUUCCAUCCUGGACUCCGGCCAGAAUUACCUCGCAUGCGCGGAUCGACUCUUUUAUAAACUCGGACAACCGGCUGCACGGCCAAUGUCAUCGUGUUUCAUCGUCGUUCGCAUUGGUGUGCCUAUCUGUGCGCUUAAUGUCUGGCCGUUUCAGUAGCCAGACUGGUCCAUCCCGCAAGAGUUUAAAUUUGGUUCCAAACCUCAUUCAGUGAAUUUACUUCGGGAAACCUUGCUGAUCAAAGGGGGGGGGGGGGUGACUGAAGUUGCCAUUUCUGACUUAUUUAUCCUUGUCAACAAGCCAUAGUACAACUGCCGGCUGCAAAUAAACGGGGUUUUAUCUCGCGUUCAGUUGACUACGGGGCCUGCACUUAGACCCCACGAUUUGUUAACCGCUAUUGGGGUUAUCUGAUUUCCUAUGCAAGUUCAUCUUGCCGGUCAGUCCUGCUUUUGAGACGAAAUAUGACCUUUCAUUUCCCCGCCUGUGAGGGUUCUAGACCGGAGCCAAAGGCAAAACGGGACAGCCGUCUUCCGUCCUGAAAUUUGGAGUAGAUCGGCGAUCACUCCCGAUGCAUUUCCAGCUUCUCCCUCUGAUACCGACUUACCGGUUUUUUUGCCAUCUACCCUGACCUCAAGGUAAAAUUUUUCGGAAAACCCCAGUCUUAGAUAUGGAAGCGGCCGUCGCAAGCUACGCCCAGUGCGCAUCCGCUCCGCCUUGUAAAGCUUGUAGGUACCGUCGGUUUCUCAGUCCUUUCCUCGAAGAGCUGCCAGUACUAACCGGCUCUGCUGAGUUUUUUCCACCUAGUUCCUUUGGCCAAAAAACGAGUACAUGUGUUUGUAUUUUGAGAAAAUUGUGCCAAAUUCGCGUGCCUCACUGCGCUUGAGCAGUCUGCCUACUUUUUCUUUCUCAAUACGAACUUACUUAAAACGCAGCGAAUUCGUCUUCUUUUGACCGAACUUUGUGGUUUAAAGGUGAUUAAUGGACGUUUUGUCAUAUGUGCAGUCGGCUUGCCCCAGAGGGCUUUGCCUUCUAUGGAUGUCAUUCUCAUGUUGCUCUUCUGUUUGGAGAUUUACCUUUUUGCAAAACUAUUUUUCUUCAGGACCACACAGCGCCUACACGGAGACGGCAAAGAAGAUGUGCUCGUAUGUGAUGGAGGAAUUUUGUCACAAAGAGGCCAAGCUAAUGCGUCUAGAGUCACUGGUCAACCCCCUGCUAGAUGAGGACGACCUUGUCAGCCUCAACUUCCUUCUACAGAAAGCUGUUGAGGCAAUGAGGGGAGUGGAGAACAGCCGUGCUUUCCACUUCCCCGUGGAUAAGCGUCGAUACCCUGUACGCUGCCGACUUUUUGAAAGGCCUUUUCUUCCGUCCUGGAGGGGCUUUUUUCAUACUAAAACGUUAUUCUUGCCUGUCUGGUAGGACUACUACAAGACCAUUCCCCACCCGAUGGACCUGUCGACACUGGAGCGGUUGGUAAAGGAACAUCGGUACCACAGUCGGGAGGAGUUCUUCGCUGACGCAGACUUGUUGUUGCAAAACUGCAUAAAAUACAACGGGCAGGAAAGCGUACUGACCAAGAUUGCUACGAAGAUGCUGAGCACGGCCCACGCUCAGCUCGAGGCGGAUGCUGACACCCUGGAGACGAUCGAGGAGAAUAUUAGACAGUAAGCCAGUCCUCAUUUUUCUUUGACUACGAACCUUCGAGAGACCUGUUUGCCAACUGGUAGGUUAAGUCGAUCCUCAGGACUGAUAGUCGAAUUUUAUUGUCUUUUUCCGGAUAUAGUCUUGUAGUGGCUUGCGGUACGAUAUCGAAUAACUUAAUCCUGGUUUGUGUAAGUUGAGAUAGUACGUGUGACACUCGGCAGGCGGUGCCAAUGUCUAACGAGUCACCGCGCCCAAACUCAUCUAUAUUCCUCUCAAUCUGAUGGAUAUACGAUCAGUGCUGAGCAAGUCUCCUCCGUACCUCUGUCAUUUGCAGCCAUGCCUGGUCUAACUGGCCUCGGCAGUGUCGCAGUCAUUAUUCUUCCACGCCCUAUAAUCAGGAACAUUCGAAGGUCCAGGAACCCCCCCCCCUUCUUCAUGUCGUCAGAGCCUGUUUGGAGCCAGGUUUUAGGUCUACCCUUUCCCCUGAACUCGUGACUCAGACAAAAAGGGUCUGUCCCACUCACAACCGUCCUUCUUGGAUGGUUUAAAGUAUUUUUGCGACGUCGCACCGAGUUCUGGCCGCCUCACUGCAGAUGAGAUCGUUGCAUUUCACUUAAAAGGUUAUUUUCAGAAAACUGUACUGGAAAACACCCAGUUUGCGCUCGUCUUUUGUGUGCAGAGUCCAGCAUCCAAAACCAUUGAGGGCUGACCGUGUGGAUGCCCGGUCUACAUGAACUCUUUUGAUUAUUAAGAUAUCAUAGCUGGCCCAUGGACAUUUUCGAAGACCUGCUAAAGACCGAGGGUCACAUCAGUUGGCCGUUAUGCUGUCUUUAUCCCGUCAGUUUGUCUCGGGGGUAUUUUAGACUACACCUUCAAGCUCAUAGCCGCUGACCACUGGUUAGAGAUGUAACCCAAUACCUUCGUCUUCACUGUAUGUGUAUAGACUGACUAACCUAGCGCCCUUGUUCACCGAGAACUACAUUCUUUAGCCUGCUUGACGCUGAGGGGUCGUAUCACCAGCAGGCCCUCACUGUACUAUCACUUUUCAACGCUACUGCGUGCAAAAGUGGUGCUCGUCGCUUCCGGUGAACGUUUAUUUCCCUACGGUCAAAUUUGCAAAGCCGUGCCUUUUGGUAUACCAGUAAGGCAAUACAUUUGACUUUCCAACCCUUAGUAUCCGGUUUGUUAGUAGGGCCUGGAUACUAAACAGGAAUGCCUAUAUUCUUCAAACUAAUAGCCUCUCGACUCGACAAAAUAUACGCCGGCCUGCCUAACUUUUAGUGGCAUUGUUGUGAUGGCUGUCUGCCCCUCCUAAAAUGUUUUCUCCAUGUGCCCUGGUGCCCUACACCCAGCGUUACAGUUCCAGCGGAGAUUCGACUUGCAUUGGUGCUUUUCCCCAUCAUUUUAUCCCAGCUUCGAGCGCACUGCACCUAUAUGCCGGCAGUCCUGUUCUCGGAGGACGUGUUCUGGAUCGUGAAGCUCUCUCUUUACGUCGAAUCUCGCUUGAAGCCAUUACUAACUGUUUUCUUCGUUGAUUUCGUUUUUUGAUAUUUUUUGGAUGAGCGACAAGCCGCUGACAAUUUGCUCCCGAAAGAGAAACGUUAAUUACCCAACAGGUACCUUUCGAAUUCGAUCUCCUCGGGAUAAAAAGCCUUGUUUACUUCCCUAUUUAUCUCAAGGGGCGUGCUUUAUCACCCACCAGUUCUCAAUCAAUGUUUCUUGUCCUCAAGACGACUCGACGACGUCUCGGUCGCCGACUCUCAAUCCCAGCAGGGCGCCUCUAUGCUAAAUGCGGAGUCGGCCACCACAUGUAAGGCGUCCUCAUCUCACCGAAGAACGCCAUCCGUUGCCCGUCAGGAAAAGGAACCUGGCCCGCGGCCGGGGCAAACAUCGUGCGUAUCACCAAAACCAACCGCAACAGCUGAGUCACCGCAUCCCACAGAUCGAUCGCGUUCAGCGCGACACUGCAGCGCUGGUGUUUGGUACGGUGCCGACCUCUACAGCGACGACGAGGACAUCUUAAAGACAUCAAACCAACAGUCAGGUGGGCUCAGAGGCAAGCGCAAAGGUUCACCGAAUGAGGCAGAAGAGGACGAGAUAGAAGUUGGCGAGGAAGCCACUUCUCACAGGUUCUCUGGGUCAGAGUCCAAGCGCCGGAGGACCAGCGGAGAGGGUAAGUGGUUGUUUCGGAAUAAAAUUUUAGCUUGUUUGUUUGGAUCAAGUUAUUUCUCACGCAUUUGUACUUUUGCGUUCCAACGUGUACCUGAACACUGCAGGUGAUCUUACGCCUGAGGCAGCAUCCCCUGUCCACGAUUUCUUGGACGAAGGCACUCUAUCACAUGACGAAUCUCAACUUUCGGAAAACCAUGAAACCACACAUUCGCCCGACAGUAGUCGGGUUGACUCUCGGAUCUCAUUACGUGAUAUGGACUAUUGCAGUCAAGUCUUCAUGGAUGAACGAUCCCGAGUGAGUCGUCGGCAUACGUAGCCCAGUCUGGGCUCCCUAGCAGUCAUCCAUUUUCAUUGGGUUCUUUAACACAAAAGCUGACACCGUUGGCCAAGGACCACUGUCCUAAAACAGCUGUUAUUCCGUUCUAACAGCUUUCCUCGACUGGAGUUCCUGUGGAUUCGAUAGCCUUCGAUGGGAAAGAACUCUCCGACACUCUGGUGGCGCAGGAUCUCCAGCUGACCGACUCUGACUGCAGCGGUAGUCUUUCCGAACAGGGCGGCGAACUCUGUGCAGACACCGACUUCGAUGUUCAAAACUGCGCCGAAGGCAGUCGUCCCGCUUUUACGGUAACACCUGCUGGCCCUGGGCCCCCUGCGCUAGUAAAUCCCUAGAGAGCAAAAAACUGACCCAGCAGAUUGGUUUUUGAUCUUUUCUGUAUCUCGUCAGUAUAUUUUCUUAGUAGUAUGACACGUACAGAUGAAGACUCCCCUCCACCUCAGGCAGCACGCCCAGACUAACUCGUAUUCGCCACUUGUGUGGUAAGGGGAGGCGGGUCCAGCGUCUAAUUUCCUUGCUGUAAACAAUCAGGUGCGCUAGUAGUAAUGGCUCACAGGGUUGUGCGCUGAUGAGGUAAGUCAGCCCUACUUAGGCCUGAGGGUCAGGUCGCAGGGCUCCUUUAUGUCGUUAAAGGCAACCGGUAUAUUAAAUGCCGGCUCAAUGCUUAAGGAACGCCACAUCCUUAGGGACUUGAAGAAGUAGGUAUAGGUUUGUCUGUUCAUAUCUCCGCCUACCGUCGUCCUGUACUGCCAUUGCGGCAUUAUGGACCUGCGUGGUAAUGCACAUGCCUCACAAAUCUCAACCGCAUUCCCUGAGCAGUAGCGGUACUCAUCGCUUGUGACGAGCUACCUUCGCACGUCUCAAACCUUACAAAACAUGUCGGCUGUCUUCUCCCUCUUUAUUGUAGCCUGAACUCGAUAAUGGACAGGCAAACGACGGUUUCGGUUCACCGGUCUACAAUUAUUCUCACGCCCAGUCUCGGGUCGAGUUUUUCAUAGGGAGUGAUGAAGAUGACUCGCGUUCACAGCAGACGUGA